AUGGGCGGACAGAGUAAAAAGGGCAGCGCGCGGGCUGACGGCAAGGCCCAGGCUACUGGUGGGGGAUGGAGCACGGUGGAUAUGAUGGCUUAUAUGCUGAUUAUGUGUCGUUGUGCCAUCGCUGCAACCCUGAGCCAUAUCACCGAUUGCGAUGAAGUCUACAACUACUGGGAGCCUACCCACUACCUUCUGCAUGGGUCUGGCAUGCAGACCUGGGAGUACUCGCCCGUGUAUGCCCUGCGUUCAUGGGCCUACAUUGCCAUCCACGCGGCUCUCCUGAGCCCCUUCCAGGCCCUGGGUGUCGAUAAGAUCACCCAGUUCUACUGCCUUCGUGCCGUUCUGGCCUUGGCCUCUGCAGCUGCCGAACUGAGCCUAUACCAUGCCAUCAAGAAACGUGGCUUUGGUACCGAUACUGCCCUAGCAUUUGCCUUCUUCCUUGGCUUUAGCCCGGGCAUGUUCAUUUCGUCCGCCGCCUUUCUCCCCUCGAGCGCUGCCAUGGUCCUGUGCACCUUGGCCUUUGCAGCCUGGAUCAAUGGCCGUGACAAUAUCCCGUUGAUUGGAUUUGACUCAAUGCUCUAUCAGAAGCUGGUGGUGGCACCUUGGAAUAUUGUCAUGUACAAUGUUUUGUCAUCAGAGACCAGCUCAGAACUCUAUGGUACCGAGCCGUGGCAUUUUUACAUCUUCAACAGCUUGCUCAACUUCAACGUGGCCUUUAUCCUGGCUCUGCUGGCCCCUGUUUUGACGCUUGUGGCCGGCUGGCUUCAGGAUCCCGUGCGCCCGCGACUGCUCUACUUGAUCCAAGCACCCCUAUGGGUGUGGCUCGCCAUCUUCGUACCACAAGCGCACAAGGAGGAGCGCUUCCUGUUUCCUGUUUAUCCCCUCAUUUGUCUGGCGGGUGCCAUCGGAUUGAGCAAGGCGCAAUACAUCUGCCGCCGCAUCCUUCCCACGAGCCUGCAUGGGCUGAUCAAGCGUUUCCAACCCUUGGUUCUGGCCGUUUUUGUGAUUCUGGCUCUAUCUCGUGUGGGCGCCCUGUACCGCAACUACCAUGCUCCAUUGGAUGUGUACGCCAGGGUGCCGGAAGUGGUCGCCAAGGCCCAGGACCCCAACUGCACGAUUUGUGUAGGCAAAGAGUGGUACCGCUAUCCCAGCUCUUUCUUCCUGCCGGGCACGUGUCAAUUGGGUUUCCUGCAAAGCGAAUUCAAGGGCCAGCUGCCCCAGCCCUUUGCUGCCGAAAACGGCACGUUUGCCAUCCCUCCAAACAUGAACGAUAUGAACCGCGAGGAGCCCUCCCGCUACGUGGAACUCAGUUCGUGCACGGCAUUGGUGGAUCGAGCUAGCUCCUACAUCACCAGCCUAGAGCCUAACUAUGAUGCCUUAGGAUGGAAGCGCGCCUUUUGCUCCAAAUUUUUGGACGCUGCCAACUCCAACGCGCUCGGCCGAGCAUUGCUUCUGCCAGGAAACGCCUUUGGAGCUAUGGCCACCUUUUCAGACUACUGCCUGUACAUGCCCCCUAGAAAGUAA